CGCCUCCGAAAAACCCUAGCCCACCGCCACACCCUGCGCUUCGCCUCUCCAGAUCCUCCAAAGAUGAAGGUGAUUGCUGCAUACUUGCUCGCCGUAUUGGGAGGCAACGCCAACCCUACCGCCGAUGACUUGAAGGAUAUUCUCGGAUCAGUUGGGUGUGAGGUUGAUGAGGAUAGGAUUGAGUUGCUUUUGUCAGAAGUGAAGGGUAAGGAUGUUACUGAGCUAGUCGCAGCUGGAAGAGAAAAGUUGGCUUCAGUCCCAUCUGGUGGUGGUGCAGUUGCUGUUGCUGCGCCAGCUGCUGGUGGUGGUGCUGCUGCUCCUGCCCCUGCUGCUGCUGAAAGCAAGAAGGAAGAGAAGGUUGAAGAGAAAGAGGAGUCUGACGACGAUAUGGGUUUCAGUCUUUUCGACUAAAAUGUCCACACUUUCUGUACCAAGGCAUUUUAUCUGCAGUUAGGGGUUACCUUGAAGUGUUACAAGUCUUUAUAUGUUACUUGUUUUUGAGUCUGUAGUUGGCCCUGGUUUUAGAUAUUUGAACUCUGAAGUUUUGUUUAGAUAAUGAAGUGAGUUUUUAACAUUGGGAUAUUGCUAAUUAUUCUCAGAUUUUAUUGCAUAAAUGUUUGCCUGGCGUAUAAUCCUGUGCAUUCAGGAUACUUGAUGUUUGUAACUUGAGCUGUGAAUGCUGCAGAAAAGAUUAAUCU